AUGUCCUUUGUAUUUCAGGGACGGCUGACAUUCGAGGAUGUGGCCAAAGACUUCACCCAAGAGGAGUGGGAGUGCCUGGACCUCCGUCAGCGGGAAUUGUAUAGGGAUAUGAUCUUAGAGAACUACGGGAACCUGGCCUCCUUGGGUCUUGUGGUCUCUAAGCCAGACCUGGUCACGUUUCUGGAGCAAAUGAAGGAUCCCUGGGAUAUACGGAGAAUGGAGAUGCCAGCCGUACACCCAGGUAUGUGUCUCUGGAUGGAGCAGAUAACUCAGGGACGGCUGACAUUCCAGGAUGUGGCCAUAGACUUCACUCAAGAGGAGUGGGAAUGCCUGGACCUCGGUCAGCGAGAAUUGUACAGGGACGUGAUGUUAGAGAACUACAGGAACCUGGCCUCCUUGGGUCUUGUGGUCUCUAAGCCAGACCUGGUCACCUUUCUGGAGCAGAUGAAGACUCCCUGGGAUGUAAGGAGACUGGAGAUGCCAGCUCUAUACACAGGAUGGAAACCUUUCAAAUGUACAGAGUGUGGCAACACCUUUAAUCAGAAUUCAGAGCUUAGUCAAGAUCAGCAAGUCCACACUGGCAAGAAACCUUAUGAAUGUAAAGAAUGUGGAAAAGCAUUUGUGUCUCACUCAAACCUUAGUCAACAUCAGCGAAUUCACACUGGGGAGAAGCAUUAUAAGUGUACAAAGUGUGGCAAAGCCUUUAAUCAGAAGGCACAUCUUACUGAACACCAGAGAAUUCAUACUGGGGAGAAGCCUUAUAAAUGUAAGGAUUGUGGCAAAGAAUUUAACCGGUGCUCAGGGCUUACUUGCCAUCAGAGAAUUCACACUGGAGAGAAGCCUUAUAAAUGUAAAAAAUGCGGAAAAGCCUUCAGUCACCACUCAAGUCUUAUUCAACACCAGCGAAUUCACACUGGGGAGAAGCAUUAUAAAUGUACAAAGUGUGGCAAAGCCUUUACUCAGAAGUCACAUCUUACUCAACACCAGAGAAUUCAUACUGGGGAGAAGCCUUAUAAAUGUAAGGAUUGUGGCAAAGAAUUUAACCAGUGCUCAAGUCUUACUUACCAUCAGAGAAUUCAUACUGGAGAGAAACCUUAUAAAUGUACAGAAUGUGGGAACUCCUUUAGACAGAACUCAACUCUUACAGAACACCAGCGAAUUCAUACUGGGGAGAAGCCUUAUAAAUGUAAGGAUUGUGGCAAAGACUUUGUUAAGAACUCAGGUCUUACUUACCAUCAGAGAAUUCAUACUGGAGAAAAACCUUAUAAAUGUAAAGAAUGUGAAAAAGCCUUCAGGGACCAGUCAACUCUUACUCAACACCAGCGAAUUCAUACUGGAGAGAAACCUUACAAAUGUAAAGAAUGUGGAAAAGCCUUCAUCAAGCACUCACAUCUUACUCAACAUCAACGAAUCCACACUGGGGAGAGACCUUGUAAAGGUACAGAAUGUGGCAAAGCCUUUAACUGGCACCUGAGUCUUACUGUACAACAGCGAACUCAUACUGGGGAGAAACCAUACAAAUGUAAAAAAUGUGGCAAAGCCUUUAUCCAUUGUUCACAUCUUACUCGACAUCAACGAAUCCAUACUGGGGAGAGACUUGAUAAAUGUACAGACUGUGGCAAAGCCUUUCCCCAGAGUUCAGGCCUUUCUCGACAUCAGAGAAUUCAUACUGCAGAGAAAUGUUAG